UUUUAGGGGACGGACCGGAAAUAGGAAGGUGGGAGGGGGUUGCAGUGAAAAGGGGUCGCUCUACAGUCUCAGCAAAUACAGCAGGAGGAAUGGAACCUGCCUAUCGUAGGGACAAGAUGAAGCCGAAGGACCCGGCCCAGCGAGGGGACAAAACGAAGCAGAAAUCAGCAUUGCAGGAGCUGAAACAGAGACAGAGAGCUGAGAUUUACGCUUUAAAUAAAGUGAUGACAGAGCUGGAGCAACAGCAGUUUGAAGCCUUCUGCAAGCAGAUGCAGUCGGAGGGAGACUGAGAGCGAGAGUAAGUGGGGAUGGAGGGGAGCUGUCAGCCACACAAGUGUGCCUGACCCACCCAUCCCACAGCGUCUCUCUCCCACAACAAUAAACCAACCCUGACGACAUAGAGGGAGAAUGAUUCAUUUGAACAAAAAAGAAAUGUGGUUUUGUGUAAUCAAAUGCAGACUGGAUCUGGGAUAGUUUUUUUAAAAAAAACUCAAUUAUUUUAUUUCCUUUCAGGCAAAUGUUUACUGUUAAUCUAGGUGUGAAGGUGAGGCGCAAAAAGGCGCAAAAUUGAGGUGAUGAUGGGAUUUAUCACCAGUGCUGAUUAUCACUUUGACUAAAAUUGUGAUUAUUGACCGGCGAGAUUCCAAACGGGUGUCAAUGCCGACAAUGUCACUAACAUCUUUGUACCCGGCCAUUGUUCCAGGAGGGUGGGAGUGUGGGUGGUAGUGGGUCAUAACCACAGUCCUUAAUUAUCAACAACAUAGUCAUUGUCAUAAUUAGCACGUCGCUUGUUUCACCUUGUGUUGGGGGCAGGAAUGUAAUUGUUAUGGUAUUCAACAAUAUUUGGCUGAGAGGAUUUGUCAUUUGGUUUAGCUCAUGAGACUUGGAUUCAUAUCCACCCUACACUGCUGGGCUAUCCUGGCCUGUUAGCUAGCAGCUUAGCAGGGCAAUGUGGAUUGAGUUAGGGCCAGUUAGUGUCAGACUUGUUUGUUUGCUGGGGCAAAAGUCUGUCCUUAAUUCAGCCCUGAAUUGUUAGUCUCACUGACAUUUACUAUAAUAUAAUAAUAAUAUAAUAUAAUAAUAAUCCUUGCAUUUGAUUUAGCGCUUUUCACGUCUUCUAGACGACCCAAAGCGCUUCACAGAAUAUACUGUAAAGUGAAUUGACUAUAUUUGUGGGCGAGCACGGCAGCCAAUUGAGCACAGCAGUGUCCCACAAACAAUCAUGGAUUGAAAAUGACCAAUUUUUUUUAUAUAAGAUAUAAGAUAGUGAGAAAUCAAAUUUCUUUCCAUUUCUUUUCCAUUUCGAUUCAAUGCUUGUGUCUGGGGUUGCUUGUGUGUAAAAAAAACCAGACUGCUACCCCCAACAAUUGCCUCCAUCCUCUCUCCUGCCAACAUUCUGUACGAUGCAACAGUUUUCCCUUUUGUGUUUGCAGGAGACAGAAUUUGUGUGGUUGUGGUUUUGCCGUAGUAAAAGUAUUAAUAAUUCUGUAUUCUGUGAAUUGAAACAAAAGCCUCCUGGAGGAGCCUUGAUUGCUUCCAAAGGAAACACCUCUGCUUCCGCUGCUCAGAUGUAGUACCUCAAAUCUGAAAUCAAAUCGUAUUGCUUAUUUAAAUGCUCACAGCAAAUGAUGCUGAGUUUAGCGAUUGGAGUGGAAUGAGGUGGGUGUUGUGUCUGUACGUGUGUUUGGAAUUGGCUGCAGUGGAAUUGACUUGUGCAGUGCCCUGACUGCUGUUCCUCUUACGCGGGACUGGAGGAGUGAGUGGCUGCCAUUGAGCUCUGUGGGUCUCUGCUCUGUACUCAAUAAAAGUUGGCUCAGAA